AUGGAAAGAAAGGCGGCAGUAGUCGAAGGGGGCUUUGCAGGAGCGUACUUAUGGCGGCAGAAUCGACGUUACGGUGGAAUGAAAAUACGCCAGGAAUGUUCUAUAGUGAAACGACAGCUGUUGGACGUACUCUUGGGGCAUUGUCUGGCGUUGAGGGGGUACCAAUUCGAUUUGAGAUUCGAUUGGGGAGGAGGCAUUUGCGACCAUCCCCCCACCCCCAUCCGUCUCAGAUCCUCUUCCACUUCAGCCAACUCACUCUCGGUCUCCCGCUCAAUCUCUUUCCACCUGGCUUCCCAUUCAUCAUCUUCUUUGGUAGCCUCUCUUCCGCCAUCCUAUGCACCUGUACUAGCCACAGCGGACUCCCUUCAUCGACAAUAG